AGCAUCAAUAUGGAGAAACCUUUCACCAUAAUAAUUAUUACAACUCUGGUCAUUUUCAUUCAAUAUUAUUCUACUACUGUUUGUUUCUCCGAGCAGGUUACUAGUCUCACCGACGAGGAAGCUCUUCUUGCCUUGAAAGCUCAUAUAAUUCUUGAUCCUCAGAACAUUUUGGCCAAAAACUGGUCAAAUUCAGUUUCAUUUUGUAAUUGGUUUGGUGUUUACUGCAGCUCUAGGCACAAACGAGUCAGAGCCUUGACUCUUCCUGGAAUGAGUCUCAAUGGCACCCUCCCUCCACAUCUAGGAAACCUUUCUUUCCUCACGACCUUAGACCUCCAAAACAAUAAUUUCCAUGGUAAUCUGCCCCCUGAGUUGGCCAAUCUGCGCCGUCUGAAAUCUAUGAUUUUGAUAAAUAACUAUUUCACCGGAGGCAUUCCCGAACAAAUAGGCUAUCUUCCACGGCUGGAGAAACUGUUUUUGGGAGGCAAUUCUCUUUCAGGUUCCAUACCAUUGACGGUCUUCAACAUGUCUUCGUUGCAAAGGAUUCUUUUAGCUACUAAUAACUUGGAAGGAAGUGUUCCCGGGGAUUUGUGUGAUCAUCUUCCUUUACUUCAAGUGCUUGAGAUUUCUUUCAACAAUUUAUCUGGAAAAAUUUCGCCAAAUCUGCAAAGAUGUAGGCUGCUUCAGAUCCUUGGAUUAUCAAACAAUAGAUUCACAGGAAGCAUACCUAGAGAACUUGGCAACUUGACAAUGCUUAAGGAGUUGUAUCUUGGUUUUAACAACUUGGAAGGUGAAAUCCCAUGGGAGCUGAGCAGACUUGUUGGUUUAGAGAGAUUUGCUGUUGAGAACAGUGGGCUGACAGGACGUCUUCCAUUAGAAAUGUUCAACAUCUCUUCCUUGAAAGACUUUGUGGUGAUGAACAAUAGCCUAUCAGGCAGCGUGCCAGCGGACCUCUGUCACCGUCUCCCUAAUCUGGAAAAGGUUUUCUUCUAUGACAACAAGCUCGAUGGAGCUUUUCCUAGAGACAUCGGCAAUUGUACGUUGCUUAAGCAACUUCGGCUCGGCAGGAACAACUUCACUGGCAUAGUACCACAGGAGAUAGGUAAUCUUAAGCAUCUUGAGAUAUUGAGAUUGGCAAUCAACAGUCUAACAGGCCCGAUACCAUCAAGAAUCUUCAACAUGUCGACACUGAAAGAACUUUCAUUGGCUGCAAAUUACUUUUCGGGCAAUCUUCCAUCUGAUAUAGGCCCAGGCCUUCCAAAUCUUGAAGAACUAAUGGUUGGGGGCAAUGAACUCAGUGGACGCAUCCCUGAUUCGAUCAGCAAUGCUUCCAAGGUUGCUUUCCUAGAAUUAAGUGAGAACCUUUUCACCGGUACCAUACCCAAGUCCUUGGGUAAUUUAGAAUAUCUUUUGCUGGCUUGGCCUGGUAGAUAAUCAUUU